UUCCCGCCCGGAAUGCUGCGUGCGCUGGGUGCGUAACCCCCAGCAGAGUCCAGAACCACCCUGCCCUCCCACCCGUGGGGAUAAAACACCGGAAUGAAUCCAGGGGUAAAGCUGGGGUUGGUGCUCACGGGGUGUAAUGACACAGCCCUGAGCCGCCCGCCCCAGUAAUUCCUUCCACAGCUCCCAGUUGUUCCAGUUUCUCUCCCAGUCUGGUUCGUCCUGCUGUGGGGAAAUCCGAGGAGAGAUUCCAGCGGCGGGAUUGAGAGGGCAGAGGUGGAAUGGGAGCGAGUGCUGCUGUGGAAAUCAGACAGGGUGGAACUGGGACAGUGCUCAGGACUUCGAGGAACAGCUCCAGGAAUCUUUUCCUCGGCCCUUCGGCUGAGGCCAGGGAUGGAUCGAGGAAAAGGGCACUCAGUGGUGGUUUGGGGUUGUGGCUGCUCCCAAAUCCGGUCUGGGGCUGCUCUCAGACUUCCCUGUCCCUGACUUUCCCUGGGAAAAAACUCCUGAUUCACGGGUCACGCUGGGCUGCUGAGCUGUGGGAACGCAUUCCUGGGUGGAAUGAGUCUGAUUUAAUGAGGUGGGUUUGCAGGCAGGGGGAAUUUCAGGGCAGCUGGUGCCCGGAGAUGUUUUGGCGGGGAUGGAAAUGGGAAGCAGCACUCCCGAGGCAGCCGUUCCCUCUGGAAUCUGCACAGCAGGGGCAGGAAUUCCACACAGAGCGCUGCUCCCACCGCCUGAUACUCAGCCAGCCAAAACUUCCCGAGCUGGAAUUCGUUGACCUGAAUACUUUUCCUGGGACAAGACAGAUUUUUCAAGCUGGGCUGGUUCCAUCCUGCCCCUUCUCUGCCACGCAGCGAGAGCAGCCCCCCGAUCCCACAUUCCUGCUGCAGGCACGUGCUCCGGGGUUUGCAGCCCUGCUUCCCUCUCCAGCUGGCUGGAAAAUACUUGGGAGCCUUUCUGCAGUGGGAGGAAUAACCUUGUGGCAGUGCCAGGGAGCCGGGACAUCAUCAGAGGUGUCACUUAAUCCGUUUGUUGGGCUAUUUUUGUGCUCCUGGUGUCUCUCCUCUCACCUUUGGCAGUGCGGUUUGUGCCCUGGGAAGGGGCACGAGGGAAAGGAGCUCCUGCCUCGGGGAUCUGGGGCUGCAUUCCUGGCUUUCAGGGGCGAUUUGGGGCAUUUUGUUCCCCUUCUGUGAGGAGAGACUGUGGGAGCUGGGCCUGUUUGUUCCAGAGAUGAGGAGGCUGAGAGGAGAUCCCAUCAAUCCUUAUCGAUAUCUCCAGGGGGUGUCCGAGGAUGGUCCCAGACUCUUUCCAGUGGUGCCCAGAGACAGGACAAGGAGCAACAGCCACAAACUAAAACUCAAAAAUUCCAGCUCAACGUUUGGAAGAAGUUCUCUCCGUGGAGUGGAACUCCAGCUCUGGCUUUUAGGGGGAUAAAAUGGUUGAGUAGCAGCAGAUUUGUGAGUUUGCUGUCACUUGGAUCCAUCCUGUGACCUCCCAGCUUUUAAAAGGAAGGACGGCAUCAGCUCAGCUCCAGGUUUCAGGGCAAAAAAGGGUGCUGAGCACCUCCUCUGACAAUUUCUAUGAGUAGCAACAUAUUUGUGGGUUUACUACAGCUUGGAUCCAUCCUGUGACCUCCCAGCACAAAAAGGAAGAACAAUACCAGGCUGAAUUCCAGCUUGCAGUGGGGGGAAGAAAGGUUGGACAGGUGCCCAGGGAGGUCACAGAGUCUCCCUCUCUGGAGAUUCCCAAAGCCCCCGGACACAUUCCAGCGUCACCUGCUCCAGGGUGAAUCUGGAUGAUUCCCAGAGGUCCCUUCCAUCCCUGCCAACCCCGGGACUCUCUGACUGAGGAAGACGCAGCAGUUUUCCUCGUUAAAAUGUUAUUUUUUUGGUUGUAUUUGUGCCUCCCUCGGCUCCCACCUCGCGCCCCAAACCCGUGAGCGAAGCCGGAUGUUCUCCCCUCCCUAAAUCACACAAAAACUGAUGAGGUGCCCAAACCACUUCAUUUUCUGCUGGGGAAGGAGCUUCCCUGUGGAAAAUGUGAUUUGGCUGUGAUGAAAGCAGCUCCUGUGUUUGAUCUUCAUUGAAGUUAAAAAUGCUUGGCCCCAGUGGCAAAUUCCAGCGUUUUUCUUGUCACGUAGAGUUUCCCCAGUACAGCCAGGGCUGUCUGUGGGGCCAGGAGGGUGAAUCCCACACUUUGCUCAGCUUUUCUCCCUCAGGAGGGUGAAUCCAGCCCUUUGCUCUGCUUUUCCCCAUCAGAAGGGUGAAUCCCACUCUUUGCUCUGCUUUUCCCCUUCAGAAGGGUGAAUCCCACACUUUGCUCAGCUUUUCCCCCUCAGGAAGGUGAAUCCCACAUUUUGCUCUGCUUUUCUCCCUCAGGAGGGUGAAUCCAGGCUUUGCUCUGCUUUUCCCCUUCAGAAGGGUGAAUCCCACAUUUUGCUCUGCUUUUCUCCCUCAGGAGGGUGAAUCCAGGCUUUGCUCUGCUUUUCCCCUUCAGAAGGGUGAAUCCCACACUUUGCUCAGCUUUUCCCCCUCAGGAAGGUGAAUCCAACCCUUUGCUCAGCUUUUCCCCCUCAGGAGGGUGAAUCCCACACUUUGCUCAGCUUUUCCCCCUCAGGAAGGUGAAUCCAACCCUUUGCUCAGCUUUUCCCCCUCAGAAGGGUAAAUCCCCACCCUUUGCUCAGCUUUUCCCCCUCAGGAGGGUGAAUCCCACACUUUGCUCAGCUUUUCCCCCUCAGGAGGGUAAAUCCCCACCCUUUGCUCAGCUUUUCCCCCUCAGAAGUGUAAGUCCAACCCUUUGCUCUGCUUUUUCCCCUCAGGAAUUUGCGGCUCCUGUGCCAUGAACAUCGCUGGGGGCAACACCCUGGCCUGCAU